ACUAAAAUGUGAACGCUCUUGGGUCUGCAGUGAUGACCCGCUACAGCAGCAGCAUCAGCUUCUUCCAGAAGUUUCUGCCACCACCAAUUUUACGACUCGGUCGUGACACGGGGCUGCUGCUUUACCAAUAGUCUGUCUCGGUGUGGCAAUUUGUGUUUGAUUUUGUUUAAUCAGUAAAACUUAUUCACUAUUUUGUUUAAAAGAAGGAACGCUAAAUUUGACCGAGAGCUAACCAGCCGCACCGGAGGUUUGCCUGCUCUUUCAGAGCAAUAUAGCCUUUGAAUUUGGCUGUCAAGGUGCAGACGUAGGUACACAUGUGAGUUCUGUAAAUUAUGUUUUUGUGAGGUGGGAGAGAUUGUAAGUGUUUUUUUGUAAUGGGUAAAGACUAUUAUAAAGUGUUAGGGAUAGCCAGAGGUGCGUCCGAGGACGAGAUUAAAAAGGCAUACAGAAAACAGGCCCUGCGCUUCCACCCUGACAAGAACAAGUCACCUGGAGCAGAAGAUAAAUUCAAGGAGAUCGCUGAAGCCUACGAUGUCCUCAGCGAUGCCAAGAAGAAGGACAUUUAUGAUCGAUUCGGGGAAGAAGGAUUAAAAGGAUCAGUAGGUGGUGGAGGUGGAGGACACACCGCUCCCACAGGCUACAACUACACCUUCCAAGGAGACCCUCAUGCAAUCUUUGCCGAGUUCUUCGGAGGCCGCAGCCCUUUCGAUCAUUUCUUCCCUCAUGAUGGAGAUGAUGACAUGGACAUCAGUGACCCCUUCACCCCAUUUGGCAUGGGAGGACUGGGGGGCAUGGGUGGGUUUCACAGAUCAUUUAAACACCACACUGGAGGUCCGCACAGAGCACGCGAGAAGAAGAAGGAUCCGCCAGUGUUGCACGAGCUGAAGGUGAGUCUGGAGGAGGUUUUCUCUGGCUGCACCAAAAAGAUGAAGAUUUCUCGCAAGAGACUCAAUCCGGACGGCUGCACCAUGCGUAAUGAGGACAAGAUUUUAACAGUUGACAUCAAACGUGGAUGGAAGGAGGGGACCAAGAUCACAUUUCCCAGGGAAGGAGAUGAAACUCCGAUGAACAUUCCAGCAGACAUUGUGUUUGUGGUGAAGGAUAAACCACACCCAGUGUUCAGAAGAGAGGGUUCUGACAUCAUCUACCCUGCAAAAAUAUCACUCAGAGAAGCCCUGUGUGGAUGCACAGUCAAUGCCCCUACGCUGGAUGGCCGGACCAUCACUGUGAACUCCAGAGACGUUGUCAAACCUGGAAUGAAAAAGCGCAUUGUGGGAGAAGGUCUUCCAGUGUCCAAGUGUCCCGAGAAGAGGGGUGACAUGAUCCUAGACUUUACUGUUAAAUUCCCUGACAAACUUGGGCAAAGCACACGUGAUGCACUCAAACAGGUACUUCCACCCUGACUUUAGAUAGGUAAUUAUCUGAAGCAUUUUAUAAUUAAAACAAGCUCAUAUCUGCAGUGUUGUCCUGCACACUUCCAGGCACAGGGUGGAUUGGGUUUCAGUUGGAAACCAAAUUCCUGACUAGCAUCCAGUAAGUUUAAUGAGUUUUUCAAGACCUGCUCACUGACAGAGCGGCUAACAGUUGCCUACAAACACUCUGAGGUUGAGUAACAUUAAUAAGCAAACAAUCUACCAAUGACAACUUUAACUUGGAUAAAUGAGCAUCAGAACAAAUGUAUUGAGUUUUUUUCCCCAGUAUUUUCUAUCCCUCCCUGGCAGCUGCUGCAGACUCUGUGUGUACUUUUAUACAUUAAUCAGCCUGGUCAUACACCAAACAACAAAUAAUAUGCAAUUCAAACUAAUUAUAAAUAAGGACGUGCCCUGCAUUCAAAUAACUCUGCAGAGUUGAGUUAUUUGAAUUCAGGGCUGUAUUGCAGUGUUCACAUGAUGUGAACAAGAUGGAAUGAGAGAUGAGGAGCCGCUCUGUUUUUUUAAUGUGCUGCUACAGUACGUGCUCUGCCUAGAAUCCUGCCACCCUUCAAACUGGUUUUCUUACAUGCUGUAGUCGGUUGGUAAUGGAGUUUGAUGUGAUAAUUAUAGAAUCGAACCAGUGACACUGUGAGUGUGUUCAAUGCAUUGUUUUAUUAAGUAACCAGUAAUCUGUUUUUUUGUUUUGUUUUGUGGGGUGUUUCAAUAACAUGUCGUGCAGCUGAGUCCAUUACCAGUACCGCAGACGGAGUGAUGCAAAACUCCACUGACUCAUGGAACAAAAACUAGGUUGUGUGUAAUUUAUGUCACGUGUUUUUCACCAGCAUUUACACUCUUUGGUUUACCUUGACCUUCACCUACACCAUGGCUAGAAGAAUAUACACUAAUAUUAACCAAAGGUUCUGUAAAAGCACCAGUGCUGGAACAGCCCAGGUUUCAAAAAAAGCAAUGCAAAUUUGUACCAAAUAACUACACAUCUUGUAUUCAAAAUUCGAAGCACUAGUGGAAGACUGACUCGCUAAUAUUUAGCUCAAGCUAAAUGUUGCUAGAUUGAAAAUAAUCUAAUUCUGAGACAUUUUGCCAAUAUUCUUACCCGUAAAAUUAAAACAAUUAAAUAUAUAUAUAUAUAUAAAUGUGUGAACCCUAAAUAUUUGAAAGCAUGUUUGUCAUGUAAAAUGUAAAAACGAGAGAAAUCUUAAAAUGGUUAACAUUGAUUACAUAUGUGUGCUGCUACGUGACUAUUCAUCUUAAAGACCCUCCUUUUUUCUUUAGGGAUAAAUAAACGUUUGGCAUGUGUGUCAGAAGGAAGUGUAAAAUAAUGUUUAAACCACUUUUUUUAUUGCAGAAAUAAUAUAUUUUAGUUUUGGUGAAGAUAUAGCUUUUUUUUGUUCUAUACCACGCCUCUACUCGGCUCAAACCUGACAGUAUUCACGUGAGUUUGACAGGAUAUGACUAUAGAGUGAGUAAAUUUGACAUAUCUAUUGUGAGUGAGGACAGGUUGAUGUGUGACAGCUGUGAUGAAAGUCAAAGUGUGUACAGUAAACCACUCGGUUCAUUUGCACCUUUUGUUUUGGUAAUGGUUCUCUAGUGUUAACAUGUUGACUGUCAGAGGAAACAGAAUAAAACUUCAUGACCGUCAACAUCUGUCUACAUCCUGCUCCUGCUGGAGUUUGAAGUUUUUAUUUGACAUACAUGUGGUUCAACAUGAUUGUAGAGAUGUGUAAUCUCUUUUUUUUUUUU